GGCUAUUACUAUAUUAAGUUGCUCUUGUAUAUAUUCUAGCAAUCAAGCAGAAACUAUCAUCCCCUGCAACUGCUACGUCCAUGGCUGCGGUCUCGCUGUCAUUUGCAGUCUUCCUCUUCUCCCUCACUACCAUCUUUCUUUUCUCCAUCUCAUCAUGGGAAGCUGAGGCUCAUCCAGUAUCUACUUUGAUCAAGAAAAAGCUUUACAACAACUUGUUUCUACACAAGGACGACAAGGCAUGCCCUGCAAAUGACUUCUAUACCUACCGCUCCUUCAUCAAGGCAACCAAAUUCUUCCCGGAAUUCGGCACCACUGGAAGUCUAGCCACCCGAAAGCUCGAGAUUGCAGCAUUUCUUGCUCAGAUCUCUCACGAGACCACGGGAGGGUGGGCUACUGCCCCCGACGGACCAUAUUCGUGGGGUUUGUGCUAUAAAGAGGAAAUCAGUCCGACCAACAAUUACUGUGAUGAUACCAACAAAGAGUGGCCAUGCUAUCCUGGCAAAUCUUACAAAGGAAGAGGACCAGUUCAAUUAUCUUGGAACUAUAAUUAUGGCCAGGCAGGCAAGGCAUUAGGGUUUGAUGGGCUAAAGAAUCCAGAAUUAGUAGCAAACAGUUCCAUCAUCGCAUUCAAAACGGCUUUAUGGUUCUGGAUGACUGAGCAAAAGCCGAAGCCCUCAUGCCACGAUGUCAUGGUAGGUCGAUAUGCGCAAACGCAAGCUGAUGUGGCGGCGAAUAGGACUGCCGGGUUCGGGAUGGUGACGAACAUCAUCAACGGUGAACUCGAGUGCGGAAUAGGUAGCGAUGCACGAGUGAAUGAUCGAAUUGGUUAUUUCAAAAGAUAUGCUAGUCUGUUUACUGUUCAGACCGGGCCAAAUUUAGAUUGUGAAAAUCAAAAAUCCUUUUAAAAUUUGUGACAGAUUUAUUAGUUAAUUCGCAAGUCUGUUGUAUGUAUGUUACUGUUUUGACAUGCAGCCAUCACUAUCUAAAAUAAUAAUGUACAUUAUAGCUAGUGAGCUAUAUAUGGAUCUUAUUGUCUGGUAGUUUAUUUCUCUAUAAUUCUGUAUGAGAUUAAAAGAAUAGAAUAUGUAGUAAUGCUUAAAUCAUGGAGUCAUUGUUAUAUAUGAAAGGAAAAAAAGGUCAAAUUAAGCACAAAAGAAAGGAGUUGUUUAUUGUACUAUGAUGUAUAUCAUAUAAUUAUUUACA